UAAGUCAUAAAAAUACUGUACUAAAUUGUGAAAUACUAAUAUACUGUACCUUAUAAUCACUGUCUAAUGAAGGUAGUUUAAAUUUUGUUUAAUAACUUUUUGAACCUGACACCAUUCACACUCAAAACAGUGUGUGUAAUGAACCCCGCCUCCUAAAAAGAUAACACAUGUCCCAUAUGUGGGGAUUUGCACAACUCAAGCAGUGAAAUAACUGUGCAAUCUUAAAAACCAACAAAGAAGUAAGACUUGAAGGACCUUUUGAGACAUUAUGCUUCAAAUGGAGACAAUGAAGAUUGUGCGAUUGGGGGUUAUUAUUUUCCUCUGUAAGAUCUUUUUGUGUGAAUUUGCGGAGGGGUCUUCAUGUACUCCUGGCUUUGAGUCGGAGUUGCUGGUGUUUAAAGUGCACAGAGAUCACCUUCACCAAGGAGCAAUACUAGGAAGAGUAAUUUUUAAUGCAUGCGAUGGAAGAACAGGAACGCUCUUUCAGUCCUCUGACGAGUGGUUUGAUGUGGACACUGAUGGGACUGUAACCCUGAAGAGACAAGUCACUCUUCAUGAAGGACACAAGGUGUUUUCUGUGCACGCUUGGGACUCCAGUGGCAAGAAGCACACGGUGUCUGUCAGAGUCGAGCGUGUCCACCAUCAUGAGGACCAUCACAUGGACACGGUCAUGAACAUCUCCUCUCCACAGAUGGAUUCUCACUCUGAUGAUCUGGUUCUGAUGUUUCCAAAGUCUUCGACGGGUCUAAAGAGAGCAAAGAGAGGUUGGAUUAUUCCUCCAAUCAAUGUAAUAGAGAAUAGCAGAGGUCCUUUACCAAUAAAGCUGGUCCAGAUAAAGUCAGACUUGUCUUUAGAAGCUCGUAUGGCAUACAGUAUCACAGGUGAAGGAGCAGAUCUGGACCCUAAGGGGCUUUUCCCUAAAGACUUUUUUUUUUAGGAGUUAUGAGCCAUUUCGCGCAUUUGAUUGCUGUAGCGCCACCUAUUGGCCGAUUUGGGUCAUACUUUGUCAACCUCUCCUCGAUUUUUGUACUAUCAUUUGACAAAGUUUCAAGUCUCUAGGCCUUACGGUUUGGGCUGCACGAUGCGUUUUACGGCAGAAGAAAAAGAAUAAUAAUAAUAAUAAUAAUAAUAAUUAAAGCUGCAAGCAGCAUUUACCGGGGUUCAAGCAUUUAAGGCCUUUAAGCACAUACAAAGGUAUUAUAUUUUAUUUAGCAAGCAUGUAAACAUUUAGAUUAUAAACAGAAAAGACAAUUUAGAGCAAAUUCAGGCAAUUUAGCAAGGAAAAACAUGGUUUAUAAAGGUUUCUUGACAGUUACAGCGCCAUCUAUUGCCUGAUUCCCACCAUUUUUGCGGGGUGUCCUCAGAAUGUGUCCAUACAUAUGUGUGCCAAAUUUGGUGAAAAUAUCUCAUUUCAUUUUGAAGUUAUAGACACUUAUAUAUCAGAGAGCAUAAAAAAUGACCCAUGAAAGACUUUGAUUGGAUUUUUUUCCCACUUCCUAUCAAAAUUUUGACAUUUGGGCGAUAAUAUAUAGUAAACCAACUUAGGUUCCGUGUUUUCUACGCUUGUUUCGUCUCGAUAGGACUAACGGUUUCGAAGAUAUUCGCAAAAAUUUUUUAAGCGCUAAAUCACAACGUAGCACAAACCAUAAGGCGAAACCUAACAUGUUUGAUAUCGUUGGACUCGGCAAGGAUUCAGGAGUAAAAAGACGUGACUCCCAUGAAAAUAAGUCAGACACAUCCAAAGUUAUAUAUAUUUUCAUCUAAAACCAUUAGAAACAUAUGUUUUUUAAAGUUUUUUCACAAUUACAGCGCCACCUAUUGUCCGAUUUACACGAAAAUUGGCAUGCUUCUUUAGAGUCAUAUACUUCAUGUGCUCACCUAUUUUCGUGAAGUUCUGAGCUUUUGUUUAGGUUUUAUAGGCUUUUGGGUAUAUUUAGCCAAGCCCAUUUUCUAAAUGACCCAGUUAUAGCGAUCCAAAGGGCAAAGUUCAACUUUUUUUUGAUAAUUAUUGAUCUAGAGAGUCCAUAGAAUUGUCCUACACUGGUUUCGUUCCGAUCGGCCAAAAAACCUAGGACUAGUUCGCAAAAGUAGGUUUUUCACAUAUUUGCGAAUAAUUAAUGAACAAUUUGAUUGACAGCAUUGGUUUUAGAGGCAAAGUUGUUCAGCAUGAGGAGAUCUAUCAACUGAUAUGCAUAUUAUGUGGUUUUAUGAAACACCACGUGAUUACCGAGGCGUAAAACUCGUUAGCGCCAACUUGUGGCCGAUUUCUUUCAAAAUUCUUACAGACCUCUAGGACCAUGAGUCAAACAUGUCCAUCAAGUUUCGUUCCGAUCGGCCUCCGUUAACCUGGUCUAAUAGGUGCUCAAACUUCAUUGGCCAAAGGCGGCCAUGUUUUUUGAGAUACGCCAAUGUCCUCAUAGAAUGUCAUGCCCCCUUGGACCAAGACACUGCAUGCCAAAUUUCAAGUCAAUCGGACUAACAGUUGCAUAGUUACAACCGUUUUUAUGUUUUUUUCAAGUUAUAGCGCCACCUAGUGUCCAAUCGACGCGAUUUUUUUAUCGUGACCAAAGAUUGAGCCCCUACACAUGUCUUCCGAGUUUGGUGCAAAUAUCUCAUUUGGUUCUCGAGUUAUAGCCAUUUUAGUAAAAGUGGCUCCGCCCACAUUGCAUGUUUUGGCGCCCCUUAGCGACUGUGAAUCAAAAUUUCAAAAUUCUCUCGAUAAUUAUUGAUCUUUAGACUCCAUAGAACAUUUCUGCACUGGUUUGGUUCCGAUCGGACGAAAAACCUAGGACUAGUUCGCAAAAGUAGGUUUUUGACAAAAUUCAAAAUGGCGGAAACAUUUUCAUACCGGAAAUGAAAUCGGAGAUAUACGUUUUGUUCGUCAAGGUCUCAGCUUUCCAAUGAUAUAAGACACUUGACUCUGUGACACAGGGUUUAGGAGUUAUGAGCCAUUUCGCGCAUUUGAUCGCUGUAGCGCCACCUAUUGGCCGAUUUGGGUCAUACUUUGUCAACCUUUGU